UCUUGCUUUGGUUAUUUCAACUUGAGUUAUAAGUUGUUGUUUGUGUUUUGUUUGUUCUUCUUUUAUUUGCAUCUUACUGUAAUAACAGUUCCAAUGUCUCAUACUGCUGGCAUUAACAGUCCAUUGAAAUCUCUUUGUGGUGGAAGGGAUACAUGGAGGAUUAAAGUAAGGGUUAUUCGUGUAUGGGAGAUGUCUCCAGUUUCUCAACCAUCAAAACCAUAUGCUAUGAGUUUGGUCUUGGUUGAUUCUGAUGGUAUGAGGAUUGAAGCGGUCAUACGUAAAGGCAUGAUCCAGAAAUUCAAGAGGCUGAUUGUUGAGGGCCAAGUUUACAAAAUAGUAUACUUCAAUGUUGUUGAAAAUGAUGGAGCUUAUCGUGCAUCCCCACAUGAGUUCAAGAUUGUGUUUAAUGGUAGGACAAAGGUGGAACGUGACCAAUCUGAUAUCAUACCAUUGAACUCUUUCUACUUCAAGAACUCUGAAGAAAUCUCUGCUACCCUUGGUGAAUCAGAUGUUUUGGUUGAUAUGAUUGGGUUGGUUACUGCUAUAUCUACUGAAAAGCAAUAUGUGAAGGGUGGUAAUGUUAAUAAGAUUAUUGUGUUGGAGCUCACUGAUGAUAGGGGGAAAGUCCAUUGUUCAUUCUUUGGGCGAUAUGUGGAUAUUGUUAGGCAGUUUGCAGCUGUUGGAGGUCAUGGUAUGCCUGUAGCAAUUAUUUAGUUUGCUAAGGUGAAGACGUUUAAGGG